CAAAACAAUGACAAUGAAAGACAUCCAACAUCCUGUGAAAAUAGAGAAUGGGCAUGGACUUUAAUUUGCUCUUGGGAGCAAAAUCCAAAGAUGUAUUGUAGUGUCUCAUAACUAAUGAUGAAUGAGAGAAAGCCCAUUUUUAAUGUGAUCCCUGCCGCCGGAAAUCUCACUGCUCUGCUGAUGAACGUUUUUUUUUAUUGAAACACUCUGAAUACUCUUAGAAUUGAUUUACCUCCUACUAAGAAUGAGUCACUUGGGAUUCCUGGGGCGGAUGAGUGUAUUUCCUUGCGAUUCUCAUUAUAGGUAAUGAACUAUUUUUACUUCAGGCAUAAAUUUUUAUUUUGUUCUUAACUUUGCCACACACAUGCCAAGGCUUAAACAAAGUUGCCAAACUAUUAUUUUCCUGAACAGACAGUUAGAAAGAUGAAGGGAGUAUUUCUGGUAACGAUGAUUAUUUUGGCCGAUGUGUUCGCUUUUCCAUCUCGCAAGGAUACUCUAAAAAUUAUGAACAAAAAAGAUAACCUUGUAUUCACCCAGAGAAACCUUGUGCAAUUCCAUAACAUGAUAACUUGUGCAACCUCGAGAACAUCUGCAGAUUACAUUGAUUAUGGCUGUUACUGUGGCUACGGAGGAAAAGGGAAGCCCGCAGAUGCUACUGACAGGUGCUGUAAAAUUCAUGACGAAUGUUAUGGCCGUAUACAGAAUCAAAACUCAUGUUAUUUCUCAUUGGAUGUUUAUACGAGAAUAUACACCAGAGACAAUACUUGCACUGGCUGUGCUGAUAGAGAAGGAACUUGUGAGAGAGCUGUUUGUGAAUGUGAUGGAGCAGCUGCCAAGUGUUUUGCUGAAAAGGAAUACAACAUAAAAUAUUUUAACUGGCCAGCAGAAAAGUGCUGAUACAGACUGAUCUUUGAGAAGGAGGUUACCACAACAAGAGGGUAGUCCAAUCAAAUAUAUUUACAAAUGAUAAACAAGAUUAACAAGAGUCUUAUGUAGGAAAAACUUAAUCCUAACAGUAGUGUAUUUUGCAGUGCCAGUAAAGUAAUUUAGCAAUCUAAAACUUUAAAUUGAGAAAAAUUUGUUCUCAAGAGUAAAACAUAUGAAAUGAAUAAUUUUUGACUUGUUCAUAAUGAGUGAUGAUAU